AUGCCGCGAAAAAUUGGUAUCAUUGGAUAUGGAAAAUUAGGGAAAUUCCUUGUUAAUCACAUUCUUCAACAGUUUGACUUGGAAUUAUCAUUUGUUUGGUGUCCGAAUCCCAAAGUUCUGAUUGGCUAUAUUGACAGUAGAUUCAUUUUGAAAGACCUCAGCCAGUUCCGUACACGAAAUUCUGAUCUAAUCAUUGACCUCUCACUGCCUGAAGUAGCGAAAAAUUAUGGUGCAUUGUUUCUUCAAGAAGCAGAUUAUAUGUCUUUGAAAAUUAUCAUAAAGAAACAGCCAUCACACCUGAGCGUGACUGGAGACCUGAAAAAAAAAAAUGAUCAAGUUAAGAAAGAAGCUACUAUCCUCUUCAAUGGAAAUGUACGAAGCUUAUAUCCACUAGCCCCACUUCAUAUCAGGCCAAUGAUAGUCACAGCUCUGGCAGCCCAUACACUUGGAUUUGACAAUGUUGAAGCUGAAAUCAUUUCAGAUCCAAAGUAA